UUGUUAUUUUUUCCCCUCCUCUCUAGACUCUGCCUCCAGCUUUUAAAAGGCCUCAGCUGAUAUUUACCUCUCAUACAGAGCAGACUCCGGUGUCCAGACAAGGACGCGGACCUGGACUUCAGAGAGGCCCCAGGAGCUACAUGACCUCCACCAUGACUGACCGAUUCGACUGCUACUACUGCCGUGACAACCUGCACGGAAAGAAGUACGUGAAGAAGGACGACAAGCACGUGUGCACCAAGUGCUUUGACAAGCUCUGCGCCAACACCUGUGCCGAGUGCAGGAAGGCCAUCGGCGCCGAUUCCAAGGAGCUGCACCACAAGAACCGCCACUGGCAUGAGGACUGUUUCCGCUGUGCCAAGUGCUACAAGCCCCUGGCCAACGAACCCUUCUGUGCCAGGGAUGAUGGCAAGAUAAUGUGUGGCAAGUGCAGCUCCCGGGAGGACGGCAACCGUUGCCAGGGAUGCUACAAGGUCGUGCUGCCAGGAGCAAAGAACGUGGAGUACAAGAACAAGGUGUGGCACGAGGAGUGCUUCACCUGCUUCGAGUGCAGGAAGCCGAUCCACACGCAGAGCUUCAUGACCAAAGGGGACAACAUCUACUGCACCCCCUGCCACGACAAGAAGUUCGCCAAGAAGUGCCACCACUGCAAGCAGCUCAUCACCUCGGGAGGGGUCAACUACCAGGACCAGCCGUGGCACUCGGAAUGCUUUGUGUGCCGUACCUGCCGCAAGUCCUUGACUGGGACUCGCUUCACGUCCCAUGAGGACCACAUUUACUGCCUCGACUGCUACAAGACUGACGUGGCUAAGAAGUGCAACGGAUGCAAGAACCCCAUCACAGGGUUCGGCCACGGAACCAACGUGGUGAACUACGAGGGCCUCUCCUGGCACGAGUACUGCUUCACCUGCAAGAAGUGCACCCUGUCUUUGGCCAACAAGCGCUUUGUGAUCAACGCGGAGAACAUCUACUGCCCCGACUGCGCCAAGAAACUGUAAACAAAAUCAGUUUCCAGAGGAAUCGCGCGGGAACUUCCUCCAGAAUUGGAUGCUAGCAAAUGUGCACAGGCCUUACUCAUGUAUCGGCACAUUUCAAUACACAAGCAUAUGACCUAACAACAGUACAGCUAUGAUCCAUUAGUCUGCAGUCAUACUGGAAUAAUAACCGUUUAUACAAGCUUGGCUUUUAACCUCAACUUAUGAAAAGUGGUGUGCAAGUUUACAAAGAAAAACAUGUAACCAAGAGAGUGUUUUGCUGGAAAAUAAACAUCAACCGAGCAAGAACAACUUUCUGCA